CGUAAACGCAUAUAUAUAUAUAUAUAUGCAUAUCAUCAUCACCCUUACAAGUUGCAACAUUCGAUUCCUCACAAAAAAGAUCUUCUCUUUGCCUAAAAUUUCAAGCUUUUUUGUUUUCUUUUGAAUCAUGGAAUGUAGACCGUUGGAUCUGACGAUUAUAUCCGCCGAGGAUCUCAAAGACAUCCAACUGAUCGGCAAACAGGACUUAUACGCCGUCGUUUCCAUCAACCGCGACGCGAGGACGAAGCAGAAGACGAAGGUUGACAAAGAUUGCGGGACCAAGCCCAAAUGGAGACACCAGAUGAAGCUCACCGUCGACGACGCGGCGGCGAAUGAGAAUCGUCUCACCCUUGUGAUCGAGAUCGUCGCGGAUCGGCCGAUCGCCGGUGAUAAGCCCGUCGGCGAAGUUAGCGUUCCGGUGAAGGAGCUUUUGGAUCAGAACAAGGCCGGCGACGAGGAGGAGGAGAAGACGGUGACGUACGCCGUGAGGCUGCCUAACGGGAAGGCCAAAGGUUAUCUCAAAUUCUCGUUCAAGUUUGGUGAGAAGUAUACUUUCGGAGGAGCGUCGAGUGCUCCUCACGCGCCUGGCUCAUCGACUCUGGAGCAUAAGUCUAUGGAUCAUCAGCCCGUAACUGCUUACCCGCCCGGACAAGGUGCCCCGGUUGCAUACCCGCAACCGGGUCCUUCCGGAUACCCACCACCAGGAUAUGAUGAUAAACACGGUGGUGGUGUUUAUGGUUAUCCGCCACCUGGAGGUCCCAGUGGUUAUCCUCCAGCUGGUCCUGGUGCAUACCCGCAGCACGGUGGAUAUCCGCCUCCACAGCAAGGAGGCUACCCGGGUUAUCCACCACAAGGUCCGGGUUAUGGAUAUCCGCCACAAGGUCCAGGCUAUGGAUAUCCGCCGCAGGGUCCGUACGGUUACCCGCAACAGCAGGGUUACGGUGGCAAACCUCAGAAACCAAAGAAGCACGGAGGAGCUGGAAUGGGUCUAGGACUUGGACUCGGAGCUGGUUUAUUGGGUGGGUUGCUGGUUGGUGAAGCUAUUGAUGAUAUAGCAGAUAUGGGUGGCGACUUUGAUUUCUGAUCUUCUGUUGUUUGUGCUAUCUCUGUGUUGUGAUCAACUAUUUCAUUUUCUUAGGCAAAUGGUUCUAUGUUUUUCUUUUGGAUUAUCCUGAAGUCAACAUGUUCUGUUUUCUUGUC